GUGCAGUGGUCUGCAGGGAUAUUUGUCAGUCCCAAAGACUCUUUCUUUCGCUUCUUCUCCUUCACACUAUUCCCCAUACCUUCUUCAACAAACUGACACUUCUCCCAAAACAUAGUACACUCUCAGACACACCAGAGAAACAAACUCUUCUUUCUUUCUUUCUUUCUUCCACACACCGCAAACAACUAUCCUUCCAAAUUUUCACCUUCCAUUUCUGGCCGGAAAUGCAGGAUAUACAUUCCAUCUGCGGCGGUGACCGCAGGCUCAGACAGCACCACCAGCACCACCACCAGCCGCUAAAGUGUCCACGCUGUGACUCACUCAACACCAAGUUCUGCUACUACAACAACUACAACCUCUCCCAGCCACGCCAUUUCUGCAAGAACUGCCGCCGCUACUGGACCAAAGGCGGCGUCCUUCGCAAUGUCCCCGUCGGCGGUGGUUGCCGCAAGUCCAAACGCUCCAACAAACCCAAAACUACCGCCAACAACACCAACGAUAGCAGCAAUAACAACAACAACAAUCCUUCCCCUUCCUCGCAGAUCGCUCCGGCAACCGCGUCCACGACGCCGUCGGCUGCGGAGCCGGAGCGCAACUCGAACUCCCACUCCAGCAGCGAAAGCUCCACACUAACCGUCACGGAGGCGAUGUCGGCGCCGACAUCGAACACUUUGUCUAGCAACGCUUUGUUCCUGGACAACGUCCGCGAGCCGAAGCUGUUCGCUAACGCUAAUAACCCAUCUUUGGAGGGCGGUGGCGUUUUCUCUGAGAUAGGGAGCUUCAGCAGCCUCAUUGCUUCAAAUAACGAAGCAUUGGGGUUUGGGUUUGGGAAACGCAGUAAUAACAACGGCAACAGCAACAGCAACAUCCUCGAUGCGACGACGUUUCGGUUCGGCGUUACUCAUCCGCAGGGGAAUAAUAAUGAUCAGGUGCAAGUGGCGGGCGGUAGAGAGCAACAGCAGAAUCAUGAGGAGUUCGGUACGGCGUCGUUUCUCGAUCUGACGGCGCCGCUGGAGUUUUCUUCGUUGGCGCAGAAGAGUGGUCAUCAUGGAGGGUUUGGGUCGUUGGAUUGGCAAGCCGGUGCGGAUCAAGGUUUGUUUGAUCUCCCUAACACCGUUGAUCAACCGUACUGGAGCCACAGUCAUUGGUCCGAUCAAGAUAAUCCCUCUCUCUUUCACCUUCCUUGAGAGCACUGAAGAAAUUUCUUUUUGUUUUUUUGUAUCUUGAGAAGAAAAAGCAAAGAAAGAAAAAAAAAAUGUGGAAGGAAGUUAAUUAAUUAGCAUAUGUAAAUUUUUGUUUUAGUUGUUUUUGGAGGGUGAUUAUGAGAGUCAUCAUGUGCAUGUGCAACUAACAAAGAUGAUGUUAGUUUCUUUUAUUGUGGAUUUUUAUUUAUGGUUUUGAUGUAUGAUGUAUGAACAUGGGAUGAUGGAUAGAUAAACAUAGGAAUGGUGUUUAAAUAUAUAAUUGGAGAUUGUAAAGUUGUUAUGGCGUGUUUGGAAUGGUAUUUCAUCCGCACUAUUAAUGGCUAUGAAUUUGAAAAGGACGCAUAACACUUUGUGUAUAAUGUGCCACGUCACGAUGCAUGUUGAUAAUGACGAUAAUCAUGGCCUGAUUUAAGGCCACGGAGGUGUUUGCUACAGCGGAAUGAUGAAGAGAAGAAGGGAUGGGAUGGUAGAGAGAGGUCACAUCGGGGAUGAUGACUCCACGUGGCGGGACUGAUGAGUGAGUGCGAGAUGUAGGGAUGCCAUGGCUGACAAGACAUGAUGAAUGUGAUGGAUGAGUGUGCCACUCAUAAUCAAGAUUAAAAAGAUCACAAGAACGGUGGUGAAGAACAAUGGGUGUGGCCAAUGCUGUUGGUGCAGGUGAUAGUGCCCCGGGUAAGCAAAUAUUUGUACCUUUACCUGAACAGAAUAUGUUACAACUUCUGAAUACUAUUAUCCUCCAGACAAAGAUUUCUGAUUUU